AUGUCUCUUAAGAGUAAAGACCUCAAGUUUUGGGGGAACAUGCAGUUUGCCAAAAGGCACAAGAGCGAGCUUAUGAAGAUGCAGGCAAGCAAUGCCAAGGUCAAGAGUACCAAAGACAUUAAGCACUCACCUCAUCAAACUCAAGUAGAGCCCAAGAUCCAAGAGGGUGGCGACCACAUGCCCCACCACCUCACCUACUCCAAGCCUAUGAACCAAGUUCAUGCUCACAUGGCCACAGAUCAGUAUGCUGUCCAAAGACAGAGGCCCAGGCGGACUUUUCUGGGUCAGACCAAGAUGCCAUCAGAGGCUCCCAAAGGUGUCCAGGCCUCCAGGAAGGUCACAGAAAAGGCUCGACACGUGAACGAGUGUAACAAUUUGACUCCCCUGUCCCCAGCAGCCUUCUGA